UCGGGUAAAGCGUACAUGGCCCGUGGCACGGCCGGAUACCCCGAAGAGGGGGCCGGGGCAGAACCCGGGUACCCCGGCGAGGGGCGCGCUGGCAGUGCCGGGGGCCCCCAGAGGGGUUCGGGUAUCCCGCGAGGGGCGCGCUGGCAGUACCGGGGGCCCCCAGAGGGGUUCGGGUAUCCCGCGAGGGGCGCGCUGGCAGUACCGGGGCCCCGCAGAGGGGUUCGGGUACCCCGGCGAGGGGCGCGCUGGCAGUACCGGGGGCCCCCAGAGGGGUUCGGGUAUCCCGCGAGGGGCGCGCUGGCAGUACCGGGGCCCCGCAGAGGGGUUCGGGUACCCCGGCGAGGGGCGCGCUGGCAGUACCGGGGCCCCCCAGAGGGGUUCGGGUACCCCGGCGAGGGGCGCGCUGGCAGUACCGGGGGCCCCCAGAGGGGUUCGGGUAUCCCGCGAGGGGCGCGCUGGCAGUACCGGGGGCCCCCAGAGGGGGCGCUCCCUGCGCCGGCACAGCCCCGGCCGGCGGGCGGGAAGGGCGGGAAGGCGCCGCCUCUUCCCGCCCGCGGUGUGUCCAUUGGGCAGCGCCGGAGGCCCCGCUCGGCCAUUGGCGGCCGCCGGGCGGGAUCUGGGCCGCGCUCCGGGAGAGCCGGGGCCGCCAUGGCGGGGAGGGGGCCCGGAGACUCUGCAAGAGGAUGCUCUCAAGAUAACACCUGCAGAGGAGAGAGAAACUACUCCUGUUCUUCCUCUUCUGACUUUUACUCCAGUCUUGGAUUGAAAGACUUUGACUUUCUAGGUGACACUUCUGUAGCAGAGGAGGAUACGGACUCAGCUAUCUUAUAUGGAGCUUUGCGAGGAAGCAUUGUUGGAUUACGAUACUACACAGGGAUUGUUAAUAACAAUGAAAUGGUUGCACUUCAGAGGGAGCCCAACAAUCCUUAUGAUAAAAAUGCAGUGAAAGUAAAUAAUGUGAAUGGAGACCAGGUAGGCCAUAUCAAGAAAGAACUUGCGGCAGCAUUGGCAGGGAUUAUGGACAACAAACUAGCAGUAGUUGAAGGGAUUGUCCCUUAUGGAGCAAAAAAUUCCUUCACCAUGCCUGUGGAAUUGAGCUUUUGGGGAAGAGAAGAAAACAAGGAAGCAGUGCUAGAUCAGCUAAAAAGGCAUGGAUUUAAAUUGGCUCCUCCUCUGAAAGGUUCAGAAUAUGGUUUUGGAUCAAAGUGGAUUUCUGGGAGAGCUGGUCCAAGCUACAGCGCUCCGGUUCAUGCUGCUGUGCCAUUGACAACUGAACAGCUUAAAGGUGAAUUUGACAAAUUGUUUGAGGACCUAAAGGAAGACGAUAAAACUUGUGAAAUGGAAGCAGCAGAGGCUGUUGGUACACUUUUACUUCCCCAUCAGAAGCAGGCUUUAGGUUGGAUGGUUUCACGUGAAAACACUAAUGAUUUGCCACCAUUUUGGGAAGAGAGAAGUAACUUCUAUUACAAUACACUGACAAAUUAUGCAGAAAAGAAACGACCUAAAAAUGUUCUUGGAGGAAUACUGGCUGAUGAUAUGGGACUGGGUAAAACACUUACUACUAUUGCAUUGAUUCUCACAAAUUUUCAAGAUGGCAAGCCCCUUCCUGUUGAAAAGACCACAAGCGAUAAGUUUUAUGAGGAAUCUGCUGCUAACAGCAUGAACAGCGUUGGACGCGGACUUUGUAAAGACUCUAGCAAUGUGAUGAAGCCUGGUGUUUCUAAUGUAAAAAAGUUCGGAACUACUCCAUUGAAAUACCCAAGUUGUCUUCCUAAAAGAGAUAAAGCCAAGAAACCCAGACAUUCGGGAAACAGUGACUUGGAAGAGUCUGAAGAAUGGCUACUGCAACAAACAGAAACAACUUCUUGUGUUAACCAAGAAGAUCCAGGUUUUAUAUCUGUUCUUCUACCUUCGUCUGGUUGUUUAAAAAGACAAAGAAAGAGAAAAGGUACUGCUAGCGUUCAGUCAGUUGAGAAGAAAUAUUCUGAUGAUGGCCCCAGAGCAACACUGAUUGUGUGCCCACUGUCUGUCCUAAGCAACUGGAUUGACCAGUUUGAACAACAUAUCCACCGUGAUUUUGAUGUAAAGAUUUAUGUUUAUUAUGGUUCUGACCGUAGCAAAGACCCAUCAGUUCUUUCAGAACAAGACAUUGUAUUGACAACCUACAACAUUUUAGCUACUGACUAUGGGAUCAGAGGUGAUAGCCCUUUGCACAAAGUCAAGUGGCUGAGAAUUGUGUUGGAUGAGGGGCACACUAUACGAAACCCAAACGCUCAGCAAACUAAAGCUGCCUUAAAUCUGGAGGGACAUAGAAGAUGGGUACUUACAGGCACUCCUAUUCAGAAUUCUGUAAAAGAUUUGUGGUCUCUUAUUUCCUUCUUAAAACUGAAACCUUUUACUGAUCGAGAGUGGUGGCACAGAACAAUUCAACGUCCAGUCACAAUGGGAGCUCCAGGAGGACUUCGGCGUUUACAGUCUCUGAUUAGGAGUAUUACCCUUAGAAGAUCUAAAACAAGUCAAGUUAAAGGAACACCCAUUUUGCACUUACCAGAACGUAAAGUACUUAUUCAGUAUGUUACGCUUACAGAGGAGGAGAGACAAAUCUACCAGUCUGUGAAGAAUGAGGGCAAAGCUACUAUUAGCAGAUUUUUCAGCCAAGGGAAUGUACUAGCUCAUUAUGCUGACGUCCUUGGUGUUCUGCUCAGAUUAAGACAGAUUUGUUGUCAUCCUCAUCUUUGUAUAAAUACCUCUGCUAGUUUUUCAAAUGAUAAUGGAACUCCCGAAGAACUGCAUGUGAGAUUAGUGAGUAAAAUGAAGUUGGUUCUGAGCUCUGGUUCAGAUGAAGAAUGCGCAGUUUGCUUGGAAUCAUUGACUCUUCCUGUGAUAACACACUGUGCACAUGUGUUUUGUAAACCAUGUAUUUUUGAAGUCCUCAGAAAUGAACAGCCAAAUGCCAAAUGCCCUCUCUGUAGGAAUGAACUUCAAGUAGAGCACUUGGUGGAAUGUCCCCUAGAAGAGGAAAUAGACUCCAGUAGUGGAAAGAAGCUUGAUCGGGAGUGGAUAUCCAGUUCAAAGAUAAAUGCUCUUAUGCAUGCUCUGAUAGAACUGCGGAGGGAUAAUCCAGCUGCUAAAUGUCUCGUCGUUUCUCAGUUCACAACUUUCCUGUCGCUGAUAGAAAAUCCCUUGAAAGAAUCAGGGUUUGCCUUUACUCGUUUGGAUGGGUCAAUGGCACAGAAGAAAAGAGUGGAAGCAAUUCGGUGUUUCCAAAGCAACCAAGCAGGGUCUGCAACUAUAAUGCUUUUGUCUCUGAAAGCGGGUGGAGUUGGAUUAAAUCUGACAGCAGCUUCCCGAGUGUUUUUAAUGGAUCCCGCUUGGAAUCCUGCUGCAGAAGACCAGUGUUUUGACAGGUGUCACAGGCUGGGUCAGAAGCAUAAUGUUGUUAUUACUAAGUUCAUUGUGAAGGAUUCAGUGGAGGAAAAUAUUCUGAAAAUUCAGAACAAGAAGAGGGAACUUGCAGCAGGAGCCUUUGCUACCAAAAAGCCUUCAGCAAGUGAUGUGAAACAAAACAAAAUUAAUGAAAUUAAGGCUCUGAUUGAUUUAUAGCUUCAUCCUGUGGUAUUUUCAGUAAAUAAUAUAUUUAAUGUGUUAGCUAAUACCGUUCUUCAAGUUAUAUGUUCUAUGCUAACUUUCAGUUUUGCUCUCUUUGUGCUCAAAAUAUAAAUGCUUCAAAUAAAUUAUAAAAACAAAUUUGCUCCUAAAUGUUAAUUUAGAGGCACACAAACUCCUGAAAUUAUUCCAGUGUUCAUUUCUUCAAAAGGUUGCUUAUUACGUUCAAUGCUUAAGAAUACAUAAAAGUCCCUCAAAACGGAAAUGUGUAUUGAUACAUUCUAACUUGCAAGCAUUUCAUCUUUUUUUAGAGGUGGAAAGAUAAUAAAAGGUACAUAGUAUGUGUUUUUUCCUUCAGACAAAACCCUUUAGAAAUGAAUUAGUUUCGUGUUUCUGUCUCAGUGUUGCCUGAUAAACAAACAGAUCAUCUGGAUUGUUUGUUUCAGAAUAGGUGGUCAGUGACACUUUGUACGGAAUUUUUACUUUUGCAGGCUAUGUCCAAAGAUGGUAUUUAGUUAAAAAUUUUGAAAUAUUUUGUACUGUUUCUGAAUAAUAUACAGGUGGAGGAGGGAGUCCCUCUGUUGAUUACUUCCUUUACUAGGACCUAGUAAAAAGGAAGUACUUCAGUUUGUAAAACACUUUCUUUUAAUAUUUUACUUACUCUUAGAAGAAUUCCAAUGAUUUUUAUAAAAGUGAAGGUUUUCUUGUUUGGAUAAAAUGCUAGAAUCACAGGGAUGUAUUGAUAACAUGCUAUCUGGUAAUUUCAGUAGACACUUUGAACAGUAAGACUGUGCUAUAUUCAAAGUAGAUAAUAACCCACUCACAUGCCAGUGAAUCAGUACAAUAAAUUGUAUCAAUUUGUAUAAUUGUACAAUAAUUUAAACAAAUUAUUUUAAUAGCUGCCAGCUUUCUAACAGUUUUCUUGUACUGCUUUUCCACUUGUAGUGGAAAAACUACGUGUUUUUCACUUCCAUACAUGUCUUUAUGGAAUGCUGGUCUGCAUGCUGCGUGAUUUACGGAGGAAGAAUUUGGUAAGCUACUCAUGUUCAGGUACCACAAACUAAGAAAUAGCACUGAAGAAUCUCAGUUGAGUAUUAGUUGAAUAUUCCUGUCUGUUCCUUUAUUUCCAUUUGAUUCUGGUCUUCUGAUAUGUGUGUACCUAACAUUCUGCUGCCUUCACCCUAAUGCUCAGACUUCACAUUGGAGGCAGAGGUUGCUAUAUCUGGGUCCUGUUUAGAUUUGGGAAGUGUACUUGGCAGAAGAGAAGUGGAAUCUGACUUUGCUUGUAAUGCCUUUCACCUCUUCUUAUGUCCUAAGAAUACCAGCCAGCUGAUUGUAAGAUGAAUUGCAAAUAUAGGAAAAGGACUGGGAAAAUAAAGGGAAGAUGUCUACUAUUUGGAGAAACAGUGAGCUAAUGAAAGAAGUGAGAAAGGAAUUAAAAAUAUGUAACUUAACAAGCUGAUGCAGUUUUUGGGAAGCCAGCAUCUUAGCUAUGGAGAAAAGUGUGUUUUAAGUCUGUUAGAAAAGGAAUCAAAAGGGCAUGAAUGAUGGAAGACAGCAUGAACCCUGGUGACUGGUUAUCACUGGAAAGUUGACAAAAGAUAAAAAAAACAGAGCUAAACCUGAUUGAAGUUGGUUUUUUGGGGAGUUUUUUUGCAUAAAGUUUUUCUGGUUCAGAUUCUGAUAUUUAGAGAUAAGCUGGAGAAAUAAUUUGUGAUUAUGAGGGAAAGAUUUGUCUUUGUUUCAUUAUUUCCAUUUUCCAAGUUAAAAUUCCACAGGAAAGAGACCCAUAUCUUUGGCUAGUCAAGCUACAUCAUUACUUGUGUGAAAAUGUGCUGACAUUUUGCAGAAUGGCUUAGUUAUCAUUAUGAAAACAGUUAUUAGUGUCUUUUUCCUCUAUUAGACAAUUGUUUCCAUGUUCCAAAGCCAUAUAAAAACUUACUGAAGGUGGUACUAAGCUAUAUGAUCUCUGCCAACAAAGUCAUUAAUGUAUCUGAGAGAACAGAUAGAGGUCAAAGCUGAGAACAGAAAAGUCCUGUUUGAUUUGAUGGAGCCCUUCAGUUACUCGGGUGGAUAAAACCCCCUGUGUUCUGGUUGUUUGGAGUUUAUUUCUGCUUUUCAUGACCUCUAAGUAGUCUUUGGCUAUUGGCAUUCUCUUUUGUGGAGUUUGAAUAUGUUCUAGAAAUGAGCUCUUGGAAUUAUUUUUAAUUCUGAAGACUGAGUUAAUAGUCUAUCAUUCUGAUUUUUUUGUGUUUUUUUACUUUGUACAUAAAAUAAAGAUGUAAAUGGAAAAAAUGCUUCUGAACUCCUAAGAGUUGCUCUGAGUUGUCACCAUGUAAGGAACACCUUAGAUUAUAUGCUUUAUAAAGGCAAAUGGAGUUCCAAUACUUGAGUUGCAAUCUAAGCCGCCCUAUGAUUUUUCUGAAUAGUGAUGUUUUGAGUAUAGUGCUUGGAUUCAGUUACUGCUUUGAGUACCUUCCGUUUAGAGCAGAAAACUGCUUGAUGAAUCAAGUGAUACUAUUGCAAGAGAAGAAAAGGGAUCUCUGCUUUUCUGCAAAUACUGCCUGCAGCAGUUGUGAAGGAAAUAGUGGCAGAUAAUGACAUAAAGGUCAUUUUAUUGAGAAUAAGCCGCAUAGAAUUUGGUAUAGAUGUCAUACCUUUCGCUUUCCUGAGGCUGUGGGUAAACAUUUGACCAUAGUAUGAGUUACAGAGGCUAGGACAGAGUGAUUGUUACAGGUUUUCUUUCUUUACUAGCUAUAUAUGUUAACCCAAAACAUGCAGGUUUUCAUCUGAUUCAGCAUCUCUCCUUAUCUUAUUGUAUUAACGUAACAAAACUUACAUGCUAAACCAAAUUUUCAAGCAGGUACUAAGUCUCAUACCUUUACACGUUCUUGGUUCUCUCCAACUAAGUUUAAAAAGAAGCAAUGUGCCUAUUCUCUAGUAUGAAUACAGACAAGAGGAGGAAAACCUUUUAGCUGUCUUUAAAAGAGUAUUUUACUAUUUUCCAUAGAGUAUUCUGUGAGCAUGCAGAACUCCAGUACUUGGUUGAUAUAUUUUUGUCAUUACAGACUGUAACUAGUAAUCCCUCCUACUUUCACACAACUUCAAAUUUAUCUGUUUAAAAAUAAAAAAAACCACAGCAAAAGAAAAACCCAUACAGGAAAGGGCUAGUUUCAACUGGGAGUUCAGAUACUAUGUACUUUUAAAUAGCUACAAGCUACUUUGGUUUGGACCUCAUCUUUUAGCAUUUUUCCUAAAUGGUGACCAACUGAUCUUAGAGCAAUUAAGUAGUGAAAACAAGUUAAAACAGACUAACUCUCAUACCCGUAUUAUGUCUUCUGCUUUACCAGCAAAUUGUGAGAGCUUGUUGAUUAUUUAUUUUAUCUCUACGUUAAAAGUUUAGCACCCUCACUAGGUUCCAGCCAAAAUCCUCCUCUAUUAGAAAAUAAUGAAAUAAUAUUUUCUUAGUGUUUCUGGACUAGUACAGGGUAUAGCUGUCAAAGAACACUGCUUUUGUUCUGUUUAGACUUUUGGCUAAAGGAUAAAUCUGAACCUUAGUACAGAUAUCAGCCAAUCUCUGUCAUCAGCAUACUUUAUUUUUACUGCUUUCCCAUGUAUCUUGGAGUAUGUGUAGCCUGAGUGUGGCAAAAAAGCCCUUUCUUUUACUCUUUGCACACAUGGAAAGAGUAGUUUUCCUAAUCAGGAAAGUACAGUUACUUAAGCAGCUGUGUAAUCUUUCUUUGCCAAAACAGUAUCACCACUGUGUGUAAGACUAAGUUCAGUGUACAGGGCUUAAGUUAGAGAUGAUGUUUCUUUAGUCACUUGAAAGAAAGAGGCCCUCUUCCCAAACUCCAUGUUACUAAUGUGAGUAGCUUCAGCAGGUACUUCCUCCACUGCUCUAUCCUAUACUUAGGGCAAGCUAAUAAGGGGAUUGGCCCUAAACAGCUCCCUAGCAAAUUACUGUCUACUUUGUAAAUAAUUACAGAACUAAAAGCUGGACAUUUGCUAAUGAGAGCCUGAGUAGCAUUAGCAAAGCUUAAGGGUUAUACCUCUUGAAUAUUUUAGUUAGCCUGCUUUGGAUCUCCCUUUUCCUUAAUUGCUCAAGAGUUUAGGGAAGACAGAAAUGCAUGACAACUUUUUAUUUUUGUAUCAAGUGCAACAUUGCAAGGAACAGAUAAAACUCAGUUUACUAGUCCCAUAGUAUACAGAACUGAAAAACGCAUUCUGCCAUGCUGUAGGCACUGUGCGUAAGAACCUGGUCAAAAUUUCAGUGCAAUUGUGACUGGAAGAGCAAAGCAGUGCUAUUACUGUUACAACCGUAUGUAUCCCAGUGUCAUUAAUACAUUUAUGGUAAAGCAGAACGGCUACCACUCCAGUGUAUGAGCAAUCUCAUGAAUUAGAUUUUACAUCUAAAACAGCAAGCAAAGGAAUCAAUGCUAAUCACCUUAAUGAGGUGAGGCAACAAACCCAGUUUCGAGAAUAUCUUGAGCCAAUUGAUCACAACAGAAGAAAUUUUAAGCUGAAAAUACCUGGUUUUAUCUAGUAGGGAGAAUUGGAAAUUGGGCAGUAAUAGGUGGCCCAAGGAAUUCUGCUUCCUAGCUUUUGCUCAGUGUUCAUCUGUAGCACUGCAGAGGCCUUCAGCCAAGAAGUUUUUCAUCAAGCUACUAGCAAGUGUAACUGACCACCAUCUAUACCUUUCUAGCUGUUAGUUCUGGAACAAGUCCUUGCAUCACCACUGUUUGAGACAGGCAUUUCUACUGAAGGUAGGUGUCAAGUUUCUUCUUGAUGUUGUCAAAGGAAUCCACUCCCAUAUAGUCAGCUUGGCCCUGUUCCCACCGUUCCUUGCGUUCUUCUGAAGAUUCAGUUGGUAAUACUGGUGAUACUGAUAAGUGGGACACUGCCUCUGUAACCUCUGCCUAAAAGGAAAGGCAGAGUAAAAAUACAGAAAUACUUUGCAUAGCUAAAGUGAGCAACAGGCCAUAGAAGAGUGGGACAACAAAGUAGAUGUUCUCAUGCGCAGUAGCAAGCAUUGCCAACGGGCAGGGAUUGUGCAGCUUUCCUAGCAAAAUAACAAAGCAGAGUUACAGAAGUUAGCAAGGGAAAAAAUAAUUAAAAAAAAAUAAAUUAAAGUUUAAGUUCUUCAUACCUCUCUACAGAAGCCACAAGAGAAAGCCAGAGUAUAGACCAAGCCCGAUAGCUGCAAAUAGUUUGUUAGAAAGAUGCAAGAUUACCAAGAGAAAGCACAUCUUAAGAGAUCAUUAACUUUGGUAUUGGAAAGGUUGAGAACUUAAACUGGCCCACAUACUAAGCUAAGUCUGCAGUAGAUGCAAGCUACUAAAUUCUGAAUGAGAAUUAGAGUUCGAAUCAUUACUUUGGCUUUAAUAAGUAUUGGGAUUCAUCAUUGCCAUUUUAUGUAAGUAUUGAUUCUCUAGUUAUCCUGGGUUUACCUAAAUUUGUUUCACCAUGCGAGAUCUGUAUGUACCUAUUUGCAUGCUGAACUGGGGUUCUUCUGCUUGAGAACCUUAUUAGCUGCAACACAUUAAGAGUUAGGUCUCUUCUCUGUGUAUAUUAAAGAAGUUACUAUAGUAUAAUAUCUGGUGCAAGGUUAGCUUCUUAUACUGUUUUAGGCAAGCAUACAGCUAUGUUCAAGACCACUACAGCAUGCUUCUCUUCUGUAGUAUUUUUUAUUCCAAGCUUAAAAGAGCAAAACCAAAAUACCCUGCAUCCCCCAAACUAAAACACACCCAUGCUUUGAGUUGGACAGAAGGAAGGAAAAUCACUGCAAUGGUAAAUAACCCAUCACCCAUACUUGGGUAUGGAUGUACAAGAUUAUUAAAGCACGUACCAUGUUUACACCUGUAGUAGUUUCUUUAACAAUUCCAUGCUGUUCUAGUAAUGGUAAAACAUCAGCUAUGUAGGUAUCCCACCACAUGUUGAGGAAUUCUGGGUGAACUAUUUUAGGGUCGUCCAUGUUGCCUUUUAUGCUUUUUGUUCUGGAGUCAUAUGUGUAGUUCCAUGGCUUUGUGCUUCCCAGGAAGUGCACCACUUUAGUACUUGCACCAAACCUGUUGGACAGAAACAUUUUAGAAGCCAUUUUAUAUAUGUGUCUAGAAAAUGAGUUUUGACUGGCAGACAGUUUUUUUCUAACCUGCAGUUUCUGCAUUUGUUCAGAAAACAGAAAUAUUUAUAUGUUUAAGGGGCUAAAUGCUAAAUCAUCAAACUGCCAAUGCCUACUGCAACUGAAAGCAUUGCUAUAAAACAGAAAAAAUGCAAACUGAAUUCUACAUUACACUAGUCAGAAUAUAGCCAAAACCUAAUGAUCUGGACUAUUUAAAUACUUACAGCCAACUCAAGUCUUUAGAGUGGUGUCCAUAGCUCAGGAGAGAGCAGUCUCAAGCAGCCGUUGCAAUCGGAACUGGUUUUAAAAGUGAAAAAGAUUCUACUCCAAAGUCAGCAAGCCAGAGAGUUAGGUAUUACAAGCAUUAUGUAGGGGAGGGUCAGUGCUGAGUUACCCUUUCAGUUUACAGCACUGUAGAAAUGGAUCACUGGAAGGUCCUGCUACAGGAAGACCAUGACCUUGCAAAAUGAUAGCUUUGUAUAACCCAGGCAUUUCAAAGGACUCCUGAUCUUGGUGCAGCAGGGUCCUGCUAGACAACCGUUAUUUCCUAAAUAACCUUAGUUUAGCCAUGGGUGGGUUUGGUGGUGGGUUGGUUUUGUUUCUUUUAAAAACCAUUUUAACUUAGUUUUCAAUGUGGACUUCUAGCUUUGUCCCAAAUGUUUAGAUGAAGUGUGCCUCGUCUCAAGUGAAGAACUUAACAGUAGCAGAGGUGACAAUCAUUUCAUUCUUCUACAGUUCCAGAACCAGAUUUCAGCUUGAGUCAGUUUUGUGAACAAGCAAUACCAGUCUCUCGAGUAACAGUGACUGUCUUGCCUAGUUCAAUUUGUAUCAUGUUACAAUUUCUUCUCAGCGUAAUAUGACUGGAAUGGAUAAUAACACUGGAGCAGUUUGUCUAAGCACAUGCUGGUCAUCUUGACCAGGACUCAGGCAUUUAAGGAGUGUUACAUAUGGAGAAAAUACAGGUGUGUUUCAAAAGCUGUAGAAUAUUCAAACUAAGGCAGUAUGCUUUGGGGUGGGAGGGGGGUUCCACACUGUUGUAAGAUCCUUGACUAUAUUUCAAUAUUCACGUUCAAUGUUUUGAACACAACUGAUCUUACUGCAGAAUGAAGACCUACAUGCAUGUGAAAUGGCCAAGUAUUUGCACUAAUUGCAAGAAAAAAAAAGUGUCUUCAAGAGGUCAGUUACCAAGCUUUAACUUUAAAUUCCAUAUGUCAAGAUUUGGCAUAAGAGGACUACAUUAGUUUUAUUAUCUGUCACAGUACCAAACAACCUGAGUUUUCAUCUUAGGCUGCCGCUGUUCUGAAGAGACUCGUUAUUGUUCAAAAAUCUAUGCUAUUUAAGCAGGAGAAUGCCUAAGAAGUGUUAUGCUACACUUGCUGCAAAUGGAUAAGUGUACUCUUCAUAUUCUGUACACUUACAGCCAGAACAACAGUUGACAGAUGCCAAGCUUCUAUGAUGUUUUCAGUAUCUGCUUUCUAGAUACCUUCUGGAUCUGCAAUACUUUAUUUUGACAUUUAAGUUCAACUGUUAGGAAGCUUUAUGUCCACACUGGCCUCAGCAACUAAUCUGUCUUUCCCCAUCUCCCAGAAAAGUCCUUCAUCAAUGUUUUGAAGUUAGAGAGCAUUUGUCAUGAAUUGGCAUUUUCCUUUGGAAAAAGGAUUACUGAGGCUGCUGUGAAAUCUAGUCUCGCUGUACAAAGCUGCAAAAACCUUAGCUAUUGAUGUCAGUAGGUUUAAAUUUCAGUAUAUUCUAACUGCUGAUUAUCAAGAGCGUAGCUGCUGAUCUAACCAAGGGAAAUUAUUCCACCUAUUGAACGGGGAAUUUUACUUACAAGGGCUGCACUUCCAGCAUUCUACUUUUGAAGGUCUGAUGAGUUCUGUUAGGCAACUGAUUCAAUUAGUUAAACGGAAUUUUUGUCAGAAGCCCCCAGAUCCAAGUAGUGUUUUGUGGCAACAAAGUAAUUUGUACAAUUAAGGUCGCGUGACUAACAAGCCAGCCAUGGAAAGAGGACGUACUUUACAAUAGAUGUUAGCUUAUCAAAUGCUAUCCAGCUACUUAGUCAUUCUGAGGCUUGCAUAUAUUUCUUUAAAUAAGUGUUCCACUUUUAGCAUGACAAGAUUCCAGAUGGUAUUCUGAUCACAAGACAUAGUUUGAUCUUGAGCCAGCAACAGUCCUGCUUAUGCUAGUCGCUGCUUUAGACACUAGUAAACUGAUGUCAUUCAGAGAUCAGAUUGUUUUUAUGCAAUUGGUACUUUCUGUCCCCCUUGCCCCCAGCUUCUGCAGCUCUUAAUAGAUAAAGAGUUUCUGUGUAACAUUUCAGCUUCCCUUGCUUCCCCCCUCUUCCUCCUGUGUUAUAAUAUUUUGACCCUGCCUCUGACAUACAGUUUAUGCACAUGCCAAAUGGAAUACUGCUAGCUAGGGAGGAUACAGUUUUCCUCACAGAGGAAACAUGUAAUGGUAUGUGGCUGGCAGUAGACUUUGUUCCAUAGUGCUGUUACUUAAAAAUCUGACAGAGGUCAAGAAAGACUGUUGGGAGAGAAUUCUAGUUUUAUACAAGUCUUUGCUCACCACAUUUAUUUGAAUGGUAUAGGCUGAUUAGAUGAACUUUAACUACUGGUUAUUAAAUACCCUAAGUAACUUGAGUGAGAAAAGGACAAGUGGGAAUGAUACCAGCUCAAGUUGAUUCAAGAGUCUACUGCCAUUGGUUAGAACUGUACUAGACUGUAUCCCAUACUGGAGGAGUGGUUCUUCCUUUUGCAAGUGACCUGUCAAAUGUACUUUAAAUUUUGGUGUUAGUACCAGGGAUGAGUGGUUUAAGCUACAGAUACAGCUCUCUCUGCAUUUAUCUUGAGGUGACUCAGUUGACUUACAUUAAUUCAAGUUGUUGUUUUUUAAGAGAAGAAACUACUAUAUAUUCAGUGACAAUGACAGUCUCCUUCUAGACAACCUGUGUAAGCUCACAUCAUGCCUGUUCAUUUUGUUACAAGAAAUUAGUUUAUGUAAGCUCUAAAAUCUUCUAAAAAAUUUGAACUUACGCUUUAAAUGCUGGAAGGUAGGAAUAUACAGAAGUGCUGCUCAAAUUAUAAAUAAAUGGUAGAUGUUUGCUCAUGUCUGUUGUUGCCCAGCUGCUGAAGAAGGUGUUUAAUAACCCCUGAUCUGCACCUAAAAGAGAAAGCAUUAAUAGGCUACAAGCAUCAGAUAGCUAUUUAAGGAUCUUUUUCAGUCACUUCAGUAAGUAAGAGUUGGUAAUGCAGUUGUCAUGUCCAGUAGAAGUUUGGCACAGAGCACUAAAUUUCUGUUUGUGAACAACCCUGUAAACCUUGCAGCCUUUGAAAAUCCAAAAAAAUGUAGAGAAUGAAAUAGAUAGUCUGUGUGGGGUUACUUUUGCUAAAAGAUAGCAAGCUGCUUACAAACUCUGCCAUUCAGUUUCUUUUACAGCUGAAGUUCAAGCUGUAUGAGGCAGAAAAAACAAAAUAGACCAGGACAACUGAGUACUGUUCAGCUUCAGGAAAGCUGUAGCUCAGAAGAUCAAGUGGCAAUAAUUAGUUUUAUUACUAUGCUUACAGAUGCAUAACCAACAUCUCAUUGCCAGAGUUAGGGUAUCAGUGGCCUGUUAGACCUGCAGUCCCAGAUGCAUCUACCUCCACAGCAAUCUGAUAAAAAAAGGCACAUUCAGUCUUGGUGACAACUCUAGUACAACUUCAUCAAAUCCCAUAACAGAAAAGUUAUGUUCCUAGUUCUGUACUAAAAAGCUGCUGACUAACUGCUAAGUGAGGAUAAUAUCUGUGUUGGGAGGGGCUACCUAAGUUUGCAACUAGAGGUUGUAAUGAGGUUAAGUCAGUCAAAAGUUGUUUGAUAUCACAGUAGUAGAAUAACUAAAAAAAACCAAAAAUAAAAUAAAAUAAAGCUUCCAGGCCACAGCAGAAUAGUUUAUAAGCAGCUAUGAGAAGUAAAGCCCUAUUUAUUUAUACUAUUCAUUCUUUAUUGCAAUGAAUAUAAUUAGUUUUUAAGUAGUAAUAAUUCCCCUUAUCAAGGAAAUUGAAAGGAGUCCCUCAACUUUCAUUUGCUGUAUUCCUUUCACCUGUAACUGCAUUCACAAGAAGCAUUACUAAAGAGUACAUAAACAGAUAGCUUAGUUGUAGAGACAAAGUUUUAUUUUAAUCUUUAAUUUUCUCAAGCACUCAGUCUUUGCUGACUCAGAAAAGGGUUUUUAUUUGCCUGUGAUUAGAGUUAGGGCAGUAUUAAGGUUUACGCCAUCAGUGCUACUUGAGCAGAAUUUGCUUUUUGCAACUGAAGUAUCUAGACGCUGGGCAUAAACUUAGAUGUACAGACAGUACACUGACAAAUAUAAAUUCCAAGUAUCCAGUUACAGCUGUCAGCGUACAUGCAGAUUGCAGAGUGAGAAACUGCCAGAGGACUCGGUGCAGUAAUUUCAAAUCUCUGACUUGCCUCCCAGCCCCUAAAGGAAAGAAAGCACUUUUGAAAGAAGUUGUGUCCAUCACAAGAGAACUGAAGGGGCAGCAGCAGCGUAUUUAACUUACACUCUACAGGACUUCCUCUCACUCAGAUUGUUUUACAUGCUCGUUUGUUUUUUUUUUUCAGAUUGCAUGCAUUUGUGCUAAAGCAGACAAUGAAAGCAGCAUUUGGUUGUCCUAGUCCAGACUUCAACAAUAGUUGUGUUAUAUAAACUGGAUCUUAGACAUAAGGUGAAAGAAUCACGCAGUACUUGUAUUAACUACAUAUUUACAGAUACAAUAUGUAAAUACAAAGAUAUAAUACAGCAAGACUGUAAAAGCAAUUAUUUUGGAUCCCAGGCUAAAGAGACAGAGGAUUAUCAAAGCAAUAGCAACGUUCUUAAAGUAUCAGGAUUACCAGAUUUCUUUUAAAACUAAAUUUUUCUUUCCCUUCCACUACUUUUAGAUGGUAUCUAGAGUUAUUGCAUGACAUUGCUUUAUAUCUAGAAAGGUGAAGUUCAAGUAGACAAAGUGGUUGUCUACUUAAGUAUCUAUGAUUCUGCCAUUUCUGGACAACAGCAUUACAUAGAAGGCUCCUGUCUGCUGUUAUAAACAUGAAAUACUCUGGAAAGUCUUGCAUUCCCUACUUAGUACUACUGCAGAUGAAGCACUUGCAGCCUGACUUCACCUAACACAUAGCUUGGUAGCUUGUUAAGUUUGUAUCCCUAUGUCCUAUUAAAAGCAGUGACCCUUCACAAGUUUUUCUCUUAUUAAAAGUUUUGUAGAACCUUUUAUUACCAUCUAGGUCAAUUUAAGUUUCAAUCCCCUUUCUCCCCCACCAAGUUCCUGAGCUCAGCAGUAGCUUAUACAGAUGGCCUAAGUCUCCGUGAUCUCAUUACUCAGAUCAGUGCUAUCAUUUAAUAAAAACUAAGUAAAUUUUAAAGCUGAAAUACAAAUUACAUUCUAGAAAUUCGAUAUCUAAACCAUUAACCCGCUAUUUUUGCUGUUAAGUGCUGCAACAAUUAUUUUGCAUUUAGAACACUGAAGCAGUUUCACCAUUGUGUGGCUUUAGCUUUCAAGUCGGAGAGUAUAUUGUGGAAGCAGUUCUAUUCUUUUAAAGGACAGGGGCCUUCAAACUAGAAGAUGGGGUCUGCUAGCAGUCAAGCACAGAGCUUGGAGAAGACAACCACCAAGUCUCAGAUGGUGUGGAGCUACUCAGCAGUAAGUUUGCACAAAGAUGUGUGUUUGUUUGGGUUUUUUUUUGGUUGGCUGGCUUUUGGAUGUGUUGGAGUUUUUUGGGGGGGGCGCAGAGGGGGUCUUUUUGUAGGGGUUUUUUGUUGGUGUUUUUUUGUGUUAUUUUGUUUUGCAUUUUUUAUUUUGGUUUGUUUUUAAUGUAACAAUUCAGAACUAUGCUAUAGAUUUUGCCACAGCUGGUGAUCAAUUUGCACCCAACAUCUGAGAGUGCUCACAAAGCUACCAACUGCUGCUUUGUCAGUAGCAAGGUACAGACCCUUCACUACAUGGCAAUACUCAUUUUCACUAGAGUCUAUUCCUGUGGUAGCAUUAAGCAUCCAGCUGUGACUAAUGUUCUUUAGAAAACUACAUACAAGAGUCCACACAGUAACAGGGAUUAUUCUGCAGACUAGGAGUGACUAGUGAAUUUUUACUUUUUGAAAAGUACUGAAAGGUAAGUCAACAGGCUGGCUAAUUACCUUCUAUCUAAGAGCUCCAUUUUAUGGUCUUGUUUAUGUAGUUUUCUGUAGCUUGUUAAGUUAGACUUUGUUUUGUUGUAGUUACAGUGACAGGAGACAGCAAUACUCAGAAGCCUUUAUCUAUAGCAGUCUCCAAGCAACAUGUGCUUUUACUGCAAUGGUAAUAGAUUUAGUAGACUUACAGAACAGCAGAACUUGGCUUCUCAAGCUUAAAUCUGGUACAGUGGCCAAUCUCAAGUGACCUAUAGUGGGAAGCAGCCAAGGCUAUAUGCACUUGAUAUUGGGAAAGAGACAGCCACCACCCUGUAAUGACAGGAAGCUAUUACAUAGCAUAUGAAGAGAGAGUUGUAUCUUCAAAUGUUUGAUUCUCUGAAGCUGUGCUCAAGUUGACCAGUGCUGUUUUUUCUGUAUCAACUUGAGUUGGCGUAGAACAUUCAAGCCUUGAGUGUUAGGAAUGCAUGAAGCAUGGUACUGCAGUUUCAUUUGCUGCUGCAUGCACUGUGCUUGCUACCUCUUAAGAUUUCUUGUUAUAUGAUUCUACACUGUUAAUGCUUACAGCUGCUAGUUUGGAUGCCAAACUCAGGGUUUUUAUUUCAUGAAGUUUAAAAAAAGUAAUUUCACUACAUAUUGUAAUGAUUGCCUCUAUUUCUGAGAAGGAUACAAUUUUUGUGUAGUUACACUGAAUUGAUAAUUCUGUCAUACAGAGUCCUCAUGACAUGUAUGUAGUUACUGAGCCAUCCCAACUACUGUUACCAUUUUGGUCUAACUUAUAUUGAAAUACAAAUUAAUACAUACCAUCAAAGCUGCCUUUCUCUGUGGCAAACUGUAACAGCUGAUUGUAUGUUUCAAUAGAAGGUCGGUAAACAAAAACUCCUGAAUUAAAACAGUCAGGCCAGCCUGGAUCUGGUGCUGCAGACAGCUCCUCUCUCUCAAAAAGCUCAUCGAUAUUUGACAAAACCUAAUUGUAAAAGGGUAAAAAAAAAAAGUGGUUUUAGAUUGGGAAUCGUGGUAUCGUGUUUUCAUGGAUUAUGGCAUCAACUUUCAUGUCUUAAAGUUCUCAUAUCAAUGCUCUUGUCCUGUGGAAGACAAUACUUUUUAGAAAUAGUCUCCACAGACUUCAUUACAAUUAAUUUAGAUUAAAAGGCACACGCAUUCUUACAGUUACUAGUCCAACUAGUAAAAGGCAUCUAUUACCCCUACUCUUAAAAACAAACAAACCAACAUAAACAAUCCACAGAAAAAAAUCCAACAACCCCCAUACAAGGUCAUUAAGAGGUACCAGGAGAUACAGCUACUUACCAUUGUGUCUGCAUCCAUGAAAACACACUUCGUAAACUGUGUCAGUUCCCAGCAGUGAAGCUUUGUUAGUGUGACACCUAACUCAGGUCUUUUCAUUAAUGCCAAGUGUGCUGAAUCCCCACUAUCCAAGACGUUUACCAAUAUGACUUCAUCAAAGACCUUUUCCAGCACUCUCCUGGGGAAGAGUCAAGAUUUAGUUCUAUUGUUACUCCAGCACCAGACCACAUGAAAGAUUCCUUAAAGAGAAGUGGUAUAACAGGGAACCUGGCAGCAUUUCUUAUUUCAUCAGUAAGAGUUGACUGCAUAUGUUGGAAUGCAGAAGUUCCCCUGUCUGCCUCAAAGUUUCUAGUUUGUAAUGGGCACAUUUUGGGGAAGAAAGAAGUUGUUUUUUUUUUCCACAAACAGGGCAUUGCUACCAAGUCCAGUAAGUCAUGGCUAUGUAGUGCAAACUUUCCACAAAGCUUUUUUUUCAUCCAGUCUCUGAUUUUUGGCAACUUAACAGUCUACUUUGAGCAGGCAAUUAAGAAAUGGGAAGCUGUUGGAGUAGCUUGAACAGGACAGUAGCUGAAUCCUAAACACCUGAAACAGAAGUUUCUGCAAUAGUUACAACACUACUCUUCUGGAUUUGUGACAUCUGACUUGACCCAGUUGCUAAAACUUUCUUUAUCCCAAAAAGUUUUUUCAAAACUGACUUAGUCAUGGGUGUGGCUACAGAAGUGUUUUGAACCAGUAUCAUGUUCACUAAAGAGUGACAAACUUUCAGGCAGUGUAGUGAAGUUUUGUGGCAGAUAUCCAACCUUUGCUUUACCAUCAAUAAAGCAUUACUAUUAGUUCAAGAGAGAUUAAGGCAUUCAUGCUGCUUAAAUAGGAAGCAUCUGUAAAGUGUUAGUAUUCUACAGUGUAUCUUGAAUGCUCAGCAAUUACCAGUGCAAUUUGAGCCACAGAACUUGUAAAUGAGUUUUGGAACUCUGUCAUGCAAGGCUGUCUUUUAUACUGACAGUUUGGUGUGGACAGUUGCUUCUGAACUUAAGGCAUACCCUGUUAGUGGAGACAGGGUGAGAAAUGCAAGUUCUAGUUACGCCAUUAGGUAGGUACAUAUCAGUCUAAGGGCAUAGUACUAGCUGGCUUGCACUAGCACAGAGGCACAUUUAGGACUGAUUCAUCUUAAAACAGCACACUCGCCUAAUAGGCUGGCAUGGAUGUAAAAUCUUAAUGUUGAUAUGGCCAUUUAGUUGCCAGGAGACUGCAGGGAGAGUUAGACCUUUUUUUUUUAUUGAGCCACCUCUCUACUGUCUCUAAAUAUUGAGAAGUCUUUUCAGACGAACUUUCCCAUGUAGAGAAUCUUGACCUAUCAUCUGUAGUUUUACAAACAGUACAAACUAACUGUUUUGGGUUUCUUUUCCUUCCUUGUAUAUGUGGAAAGAGAACCCAGUCCCCUCCAUAUUGAGAUUAUUCCAGAGAGGCUCUAGGAAGCAGUUGCCUGUUAAUUUCACUUGUUGUACUGUGGUGACCUUGUUAGAUGCCUCUUUGAGCUACUGAUUUGUUGUACUUAUUGAUAAUUUAGUUCUGCUUGUUUUCUUCUCUCGUGAUAAAAUUUGAUUUGACGUAUCUACUAGAUUUCAAGAGAGCUUGUGUUAUAUUAUCUCAAUCAGGAAUACUUCUGCAAAACAAAUACCAACCCCCUACUCCCGUAUUCACAGCAAACAGACAACGCUAAUGAACACACAGGCAAUAUUGUUGGACAAUUCUAAGUAGGAUGAUGAAAUAGCAAAGAUCCAGCUGAAAUAUCAGUAUCAAGUCACAGUUUAGUAACUACAGACUAUUUGUUUAACUCAUCAUAGGGAAGAAAGAAAAAACAAAACCCCACCAGAACAUAAUAAACAGUUUCAUGUUUGAAGAAUGUAGAGAAUUCCAGAUAAUAUAGAUAAGUUGAAUUCCGCUAAACUUAGCUGUUUAGCUUCCACAGUUUUGAAAGGUUACUAUUAAGGAGUUUAACUUCCAUUUCUCAACCUGCACAUCAGCAGGAACUGUAGCAGUUUGAGGUAUGUAAGUGACCUUACCUCAUAAGAUCUGAGACCUGAGGAGUUAUGAGCGCAGUCAGCUUCCUUGUUGUUCUGUACUGUUGCAAGGAUGAACCAAGUACCAGUGCUCCUUUCACAUAGGAGUCAUUUGUGGCUAGAGUCACAAAAGACUGGUCUGGAAGAAAUGAACUUGGUCAAGUUAGCGCGAUCCACUACUUUAUUCUGAGACGGGUAUACUAGAAACCUACUACUGUUAGGUAAUCACGCUGUGAUAACUAAGAUGUGCCUUUUAACUCCGUAUAUAGGGCCUACCUACGUGGCUGAAUGAAGUAGAUUAUACUUGCAUAGCUAUACUUGCUAUAAGUAACUUGACACAUGGCAAAAUGCAGUAAAAAACCCCACAAAAUCAAGACCGUUGCAAGAGAAAACCAGUUCAAAUUUGCCCCCAUUAAAUAAGUCACGCCAAAUGUAGAGACAAUCCAAAAAGUCUAAAGAGCUUUACUUUGGCCAUUAAUAUGGUAUUUUAACCUAAAAGCAUUUGGAUUCUGUGGGCUUGCAUUUGGCCUGAAGUUAGAAGGGUGUUGUAGAGUUACUGUGGGUUCAGCUCUCAACCCUGAAGCUACGGCAGUGUAAAACUUGCAUUUCAUUUUCAAAUGAAAGUAAGCAUUGAAUUAGAUCUUGGACAACAGUUUUAAGUUUUGCUAGCUCAGGAUUUUGCAGAUGAGUUGUUCUGCAACCCACAGUUGCAGCUCUAUCACAAGAAUGCAAGAUUUAAAUGGGAAGUAACUAGUAAUACAAAAAGCAAUUUAAAAUUUGCAGCAACAGUUUUUACUCUUCAAGCAAAAAAGAGGUAAGUUUGGAUUGUUAAUGUAAAGUAUAAUCUGCUCCAACUGUAUCGCAGAAAUAGAUGAAGAUGUAUUGUUUUGCCAUAUAGUGCUUAUUGAGGCCAUAUAAUACAAGCUUUGCAUUCUUUCAAUUGUCAUGUUGUUUUAAACUGCCAGGGUGGGACUGACAAAAGCAAACAAGUAACUUACAAAAGUUCUUCAGUUCACUGUUAACUAUUGUCAUGUAGACCUCCUUUCCAAGCUACAGCUCUUUAUAAAGUAUGCUCUUUUCUACCAAUCCAUUUUCAACACUAUCAACAGAAUAGUUUCUUCCUGAGAAUUUCAAGGAUAGAUUUUGAGAUUCAAGUUUAUUUUAGCAACUCUUGAUUUCUUUUCUUUACAGAAUUUGUUAGGUUACUAGGUUAGAUCAGAGUGAGGGUUCUGGGCACUUAAAGGCUUACUAUCAAGCCUCGUAGUAAGAUUAAAAUACUGACUUCUUUGGGAGAGAUUGUUUGGCACAACUCCUAAGUUCAUAAGGCAGUCAUCAUUAAUAUCUUUUAAAUUUAAUAGCACCUUAACUGUUGACGACAGAAAGUCAUGUACAAUAACUGUCUAUAAGCUCUGCAAACCUGGUUUGCAAGAUCUACAGACCAGCUACAAAACCUUCUAUUUUGCUUAGCAGCAAAACCAACUAGUCCCAAGGGAUUUAGAUUAUAGUGGUCAAUCACAAAGAUCAAAAAAGCUUCUAUAAUGCCAGGAAUAAAGGUAUUUUGUUUCAAUUCACUUUUAGCUACCUAUUUGUACCAGUUCAUAUUCAGCAAGUCUACAGAACAACUUUAUGUUUCCUUGAAAUGGCAAGUAUGUAACAUUUUAAGUGGUGUGAACAUCCUCCAAAUAGGAUAGGGCUUUUCACUAGUCAAUUUGCACGUUACUACUCAAUACAUAGAAGUCAGCCACUCUAUGCUCUCAGACUGCUCACUAAAAAUCCAGUGUAGACAAAGUGGGAUUGUGCCCAACAUUCAUCUGAAUGUUGCUUUUUUUUUUUUUCAGCAGUGUAAGACUAAUUCUUAAAGUGACCUUGUCAUUGAAAGACUAGUCUUUUUUCAUUGACCUGCUAGCAGGUAUACUUCUACCACGUCUUCUCAUUUUAUUGAAACUGAAUAUUCACACACAGAGGUCUGUCUUAGAGAAAUAAAGUCCAUUUAAUGAUGGAGUAAAGGCUAAGAAGCCCCCUAUUACAUCCAACUCCAGUAGGAGACUGUACAACUGCUUGACAGGAGGGGAAUAUUGCCAACUUGUAGACCAUCCAAGUCAGCCCAGUUUUCCAAAGCUUUGAAUUAACUGUGUUCCAUUUCAGAUCUUCUCUACACUCAUAAGUACAUGAGUCCAUGCUACAAUUCAGGCAAGACCAGUUCCUGAUAAUUAUGGAAGUUACAUCUGCAAGAGACUAGUCCAUUCUACAUAAACCACAGGUAUUUCAGCUGUUCGUAUCUCCCUUCUCAAUUUUCUGUAAACAUUUCCUCCACAGCAUCUUACGUUCACACAGCAGCCACUGUUGUGCCUCAUACCUAAUGACCUGUUAGUAACAGCAUGUCUGCAAAAACAGAGAAUGAGAUACAGUUGCACAGCUUCAUAACUGACUUAUCCAGACAAAACCAUGAUACUUCAGAGACACCUUUAGCUGCCCAGUUCAGAGGCUAGAAUAUCCCUUUGUAAUUUGCGCCAGCCCUUACACAGCCAAGAGCAUCCUGGACGUCUGAGCUAGGAGCAAUCUUUCAUUUGACGGCGUGCAGGAAGUGACUGGAGUGCUUGCCCCAGAUCUUUUCAAAAUUUCCCCGGAAGCUUUUUCGUACGCAUAGCCAGAGUUUACAGGUGCUUGCCUUUUCCCCUGUUCUUUGAGUUAGGUACUCGUACAUCUGAUUUUUUUUUUUUGAUUACGGGAUUCCUAGAGAGACAAGAGCAUCUGAUCAAGGCAUGCACCGGGAGGCAGACUUCCUGCAGGCUUCCAGAUCUGAAAAUGAAACCUACUCCGCUGACAGCUUCAGAGCUACUCCUCUGUUCACUUUCCAGUGAAGGAAUGGAACUAGCUGAAACAAUUCUCGCUCUGGAUCAUCCUUGUGGCAGAACCAACACGAGAUCUGAGGACUGGAUGAUGUCUUUUACUAUGUCAGUCAGCAAGCAACUGAUCACAAAGUACUGUCACAAUGGAUACUAAGGCAGAGGAGCUGAGAGACGCUGGUGCUGAAGCAUAGUUUGGCAAUUGAAGCAGCAUCACAGGUCUGUAGGAUCAGCAGCCAGAUGCAAAGAACAAGCUCUGACUAGCAAUGUGCACACAGCUAAGUCCUGGCACUGCAUUGUAGUUGAGAGAGGCUGGGUGGGUGGAAGGUGGUUGUGCUCUAGUUAGUGAUGAGACAGACUUGGUGGCAAUGUGGGUACUGCUCGGUGAAGGGAGCUGGAAGUUGUGCCUGGGAGACUAAAGUUUGGGCGUUUGGUGUGUGAUGUGCAGGCCUCACAAUGGCCAUUUGCUUGAUGUGCCAAGUGGUUAGGUAUCUUGGACUACAGAUGCUCAGCAUGUGAGUAAUAGGCUAAAAACCCCAAUCUGUUUUACAUAAUAAAAAGUAUUUUCCCAGCUGCAGUGUUUUAUCCUUGUUUUGGCAACUCUGUGAGACAUUUUCUGAUCCUUCUUUAGAGUGGGAUUAGCUGGACAGAGGAGAAGGCUUUUGGGGUGGUGUUAGUGACUGCAGGAAUGGUAUUAUCAGUUGUCACAAACAUUUCUCUCUCUCAACAGGUACCACUUCCCUUAAAGAGAGGCUGGUUGGUGGUUACAGAUGUCACUGGCUCUGGAUAUUUGCCCACAGAGAUGAGACGACCAUAAAUAUUAAUUGUCUUAGUAAUGGUACUGCAGAUUUAGUGCUGGCUGUGUUGCAGGUAAGUUUAAUGGAAGUGCAGCUUAGUACAGUGGAUCGGUAUACAAAUUGAGUCUUACAUAUGGUCACAUGAAUGGUGGCUGAAAUCAAACCUAUAAACAGCAAUUGCAGAGUGUUUCUGGUGUGUGUUCCAUCCUGCUGCCCUUGCAAAUGAAAACUUGUAAAGCUACAGGCAGAAAUUCUCAUGUUCUUUUUACUUCUCUCUUUACCAUUUUCUUGCUCUCAUAUUAUUUGCAUUUCUUGCUCAAAACUGAGUGUUUUGAAUUCUUCACUUACACUUUAUUGUUUAGAGUUUGUGGUUUGCAGUGGUUUCUUACUUAGGAAUUAUGGUUUAUUACUUUAUUUUGUGAGGCUCUGUAUUUAUUAUGAUUUUACUUAUUUAUAGAUUGGGGCACCAGAUGUAAAAAUGUAAUCUCAUCCAUAAAAUCUAAAUCCCCAAUGACCCAAUGACAAGGGUGCUGAGAUUUGUAGUUUAUCAUUUUAAGGCUUACUGUGCAAAAUGAAAAAGUUGAAGUCCUUGGAUAAUAAACUGUAAGCCCUGAAGCUUAAACACUAGGCUCUGUGAUUACACUAAGUAAGGCACUAAGACUGUAAAUUAUUGGUAAAAAUUUAUUGAAUCUAACAUCAGGAGGAAAAAGAUCAUAGUAUAAUCUUACAUACCUUCAGAUGCUGGGAACAGCCUUCUGCAGAAUUGGAGAGAUCCCUAACUGAGGUACAGCCCCACAGUGCAGCUUCUGUCUUCUGUUGACAUCUUGGUCUUUGUAGCUCUUGUGGGAUUUUCUUGUAAGAAAAUAAUUCUAUUCACCCUUUUACUGUCAAACGAGAGUGUUCACUUGAGAACCUGCUGCUGUGCUUUCAGAUCUGAGAUCUUGGUUUGACCCUGUCCAGGCAUAACACGCUGCCACUGCUGGUGCAUGAGUUGAGAGCUGUCAAGCUUCUUGCAGGGCUGUACUCGAGGUGUAGGGCAGAAGCACAGACAGGUGAAUUUAGAGUUUUUCCUUGAAUAACAAAGCUGAGUCCUGUCCUUGAAGGAAAAAGCAGACUGACAGUUAUACCUCUUGGUGAACUUCGAGAGGUUCAUGUCAGCCCAUUUCUCUGGCCUGUUAAGGUCUCUCUGGACAGCAGCAUGAUACUCUGGCUUAUCAGCCACUCCUCCCAGUUCUGUGUCACUGCAGACUUGCUGAGGGUACUCUGUUGCAUCCUCACUGGUUUGUGGUGUGCUUCAGGGACCUGUGUUUUUCUUUCCAGGUCGCCCAGGGCUCUCCGUUUGCCUCACAUCCCAGGGUGUGUUUGCGCUCCUCAUCCCCGGGCUGCGGGGUGCGCUCUCUGCUGCCGCCCGGCGACCACAGUGUGGUGCUGCAGGCGGGGCGGCGCGGAUUCCCCCGCAUCGGACUCGGAGCUGCCGUCAGGGGAGCCAAACACGUGCGUGACCUUCACCUUCCUGCUGACCUUUGACCACGGGUGGCAUUUGGCUGUUUUGAGCCACUUUCGACAUUUCCAGUGACCUUUGACCCCUUUGUGACAUCAACCUAUUUGGUGACCUUUGACUUUUCAAAUGACCUUUGACAUCUGAACUACCUCUUCCUGUGACCUCUGGCAUUUUUGUGACCUUUGAUCUCUGGAUAAUGACCCUCAAGGUGUGCCUGUUGACCUUCCAAUCUCCACAUUUGAACUUUAAUCUUUUGAGCUUGACAUUUGACCCGGUUUCUGUGUCUUCUUUUAUCUUAGUUUGCUGUCUCUGUUGCUCUCUUACUCCCUUGGCUUUAGAAUAUUUCUCCAUAUGCCAGUGCUAUACUGCCCCUGGUUCUAGUUCUCUGCUGACUGUCCUGCCCCUCUUCACAUUUCAGGUUUUUUUCUGUGUCCUAUCCCUGUUUUUUCUUUCUUUCCUGUCUGUUCUGUGUCCAGUGUUUGGGUCUGGGGGGGGGGGGGGGGGAAGAUGGGCUGUGGGGCUGAGGUGGUGGCCUCCUGUUCCCAGUGGGCUCCAGCUGUGGGCUGGGACAGCAUAGGUGGCGUAGGCAACACGAGCAGGAUGUUGGAAGACAUGGGAUUUCCUUGAAACUUAACCUGUUCAUUAGCUUUCCUCCCGUGGCUUGAAGUCUCUUUCUUAAUUUGUGACCCGUGUCAGGUGGUGGGGUUUCUUUGGUUUGGUUUUGUUUUUCUCGAUCCAAUGAAAAGGGUGGGUUUUACCACAGGAAAGAUUAAGGAGGUUUUAAGAAACGUUGGAGAGAGUUGUCUAAUGAUUCCAUCUGGGCAUCAAGGUUGUCUGCUGUCAGCACAGAAAGGCAGGCAAGCUGCAGGGUCAUUAUUGGCAAAGGAAUGAAAUAACGUUUAUUGUUGAUUUGGCCCUUUAUCGUUCUUAAAAAUGAAGGAAAUACUUCUGAAAGGCAACGUCGGUCUUGCAGGACGUUUAUUUUUGCCAAUCUGCGCUCCGGGAGUCCUUGAGGUCCUUGGAGGUGAGUGGGGGGGGGGGCGCGGCUGCAGUGCCGCUCCCGGCCGUGUCCGCCAGGCGGCGACUGUGAGGCAGGGCCCGGCGCUCGGGGGCGCUCUCGCAAGCGACGCCCCCGGGAAAGCGGCGGGCUUUGGGCACUGCCGGCCUUCCCCCGCAGUGCCCGGGCUGGCCCGGCGCCUGGCAAAACCUCUGAGGGAAAAGGCAAGCAACAGCUGCGCUUGUUCUGCCCUUUCUUUAGCCAGGGACUGGAACACAGACAAAAUCGAGGGGCUCUUUGACCUGGGCAGGCUCCGAGCAUUUUUCAGCCUUCCUUAGCAGGGCAUUCUCACCCUCUGAAAAGCUGAAAGGCUUUAACAGCUGGAGACGCGCCUGCAGCUGUGCAGAUUAAUGUAGUUUCUUUGAGGAAACAAAGGGGAAGUUUUCCUGUUGUUUUCCUGUUGUGAGCCUAAAUACCGAGUCUACUCUACUUUUUCAAUCAGGUGACGAAGCUUAUGGAAAAAAAGACCAAAGGCCUCGAGGGAUGUUCUUCUUGAUCCCCCGGGGCAAACGGAGGUGUCAGCGUCAGGAGCCAUCCUAACUGGGGCCCUGGUAGGCUCCCUCUUUCCCUUCGGUCGCCGUGGGUGUGCCGGACGCCUCUGGCAGGACUAACCCUGUGGCUUUUAUGUCCAGGGUGCUGUGCUGUGUGUGCCUGCAGGUGACGAAGCUUAUGGAAAAAAAGACCAAAGGCCUCGAGGGAUGUUCUUCUUGAUCCCCCGGGGCAAAGGGAGGUGUCAGCGUCAGGAGCCAUCCUAACUGAGGCCCUGGUAGGUGGUUGGUGUUUCUGCAGUGUUUGGCACAGGACUGGGGGAGAUUUUUACCCAGCUUUCUAAAGCUGUAGAUGAAUAGGAGAGACUGAAUGCACUCCCUUUAUUCACCUGUUCAGAGAGUAUCGUCCAGAAUACGAGCGCCUGAGAAAAACACUGGACAGUUCUCUGCAGGCACAGCUACACAGAGUUUGGCUUCCCGGCGCUGCUGAAAACGUCCUAGAAUCCCACCUGACUGGAGGUUGCUUUCCACGCUUAGUCAGAAGUUCUGUGUAACCUGAGUUGAAAUAAUCCACAUGUAAAUCUUUGUCUACGGGAGAAAGCUCAAAAUAAACAAAAGAGAGAGCAGCUGGAACACUUGUGGAAGGACAUGGGCAGCGUGUGUGUGCAGGGCAGCACACUGGCAGGACCUGAUGCUUCUGCAAUGGGUCCCUCUGAGCUAAUACUAACACGAGGAACUCUCGAUAAAGAGCAAGAAGAGAGGGAGAGUGACGCUGAUGGCAUUGACCAUGAAGGUAAGGGAAUGAGGUCUAAAAGCUGCCUCUCAAGAAAUCCCCUCUAUAUUUCAUGUCCUGGAUGGACUGUAAGGAGAGCCUAGAAAACAAGCAAACAUUCAGUCACCUGACGUGUCAGAAUCUGCAGCAGAAGCUCAGCUGCAAUGGUCAGUGCAGGGAUAUCACUCUGUAACCUUUGUGAAAGUUCAAUUGUAAAUUUUCUAUUCAAGUAAUUAAUAGGUGUAUAACACACAUAAACCAGAGAACUCGUUAGGCUUGGGGCAUGCAGUGACCUUUGAACCUGAUUGAUGCACAGAUGUGUCCAUCAUCUUUUUGGCCUUACAGUUUCUGCCCCUGGCUCUCUUCCCUUUUCCUGUGACUGUGGUCUUGGAGCAAUCUUCUAAGUUGUUACAGUGUGAUUUUUCUCUUCUAUAGCUCACAGACUUAAUCUUCAUUCUUUCCCUGUUCCACUGAUGGGUAGGAUCACUUAUUUCCUUUGCCCUGUAAUGUAGCUGAAGAUGGAAUAGACUUUCUAUGUUGCUUUGGCUA